GUGACGCUAAGGUGGUGGAGCCGUGGAGAAUAGAGCGGGCUGGGAGUGAGAGCAACAGUCCGAACGCCCCGCCCGUCUCUCUGCGGUGAAUGGCGGCGGGAUGGAGCACGAGGGGAGCGGAGGCAGCGGGGGGUCGGCCGGGCUCCUGCAGCAGAUCCUCAGCCUGAAGCUUGUGCCGCGGGUGGGCAACGGGACCCUGUGCCCCAACUCCACUUCUCUCUGCUCCUUCCCAGAGAUGUGGUAUGGCGUGUUCCUGUCGGCCCUGGUGUCCUCUCUCUUCUUUCAUGUCCCUGCUGGAUUACUGGCCCUCUUCCCCCUCAGGCAUCACAAAUACGGCAGGUUCAUGUCUGUGAGCAUCCUGUUGAUGGGCAUCGUGGGACCAGUUACCGCUGGCAUCUUAACAAGUGCAGCAAUUGCUGGAGUGUACCGAGCAGCGGGAAAGGAAAUGAUACCAUUUGAAGCCCUCACCUUGGGCACUGGACAGACAUUUUGUGUAGUGGUGGUGUCCUUUUUACGGGUCUUGGCUACUCUAUAGCAUAUACCCUUAUGCUAUGAUGUCGAACCUAAGUUAUAUAGAAUCCUCAAAAAGAAGACAUGGAGUGUAAUGUUUUCCUCUUCAAAUGAAAGCAACUCGAAUGAAAAUGCAUGUGAAGAAUAGUAUCUCAGCCCUCUCUUCAAUUUGAAGCUCCCAGAAUUGAAG